AUGGAUUACAAAAAGACAACCAUAAAGAAACAACCAAAAAUACAAACGUCAAAAAAGACGGCAGAAGCAAGAUAUUGGAAACGUUUCAAGUCGCCUAUUGUCAUUAAAGAGUAUGCAAGCGUCACCUCCAUCAACUUUUCACCCGUCUCACCAUACGACUUUGCAGUGACUUCUUCAACACGUGUGCAAGUGUAUUCUUCAAAAACGCAUCAACCUAAAAAGACCAUAUCUCGUUUUAAAGAUAUUGCUUACUCUGGAAGUUUUCGUCAAGAUGGUAAAUUGAUCGUCGCUGGUGAUGCCACGGGUCUGAUUCAAAUGUUUGAUGUCGGAUCUAGAGCUAUAUUAAGAUCCUUUAAAGGACAUGAAAUGCCAACACAAGUCACUCACUUUACGAUCAACAAAGCAAAUAUUCUAUCUGCCUCUGAUGACAAAACAGUGCGUAUAUGGGAUAUUCCAACAGGAGACCACAUCAACAUAUUUGAUGAACAUGAAGAUUAUGUCCGAGCAGGCGUGGUUAGUCAGGAGAACCCGAAUUUGGUGAUUAGUGGAUCUUACGAUCAGACAGUAAAAUUGUGGGAUAUGAGACAACCUGAGAGUGUGAUGACGAUGAACCAUGGAGCACCUGUAGAAUCACUCUUGAUGUAUCCUAAUGGAGGUGCUGUCAUCUCAUCUGGUGGACCCACUGUCAAAGUGUGGGACUUGCUCAGCGGUGGACGAUGCAUGCACACUCUGUCCAAUUUCCAAAAGACAGUGACAAGCAUGUGCUUUGAUGGUGCUGCUUCGAGAUUAGUGACAGGUUCAUUAGAUCAUCAUGUAAAAAUCUUUGACGUACAAGAUUAUAAAGUCGUUCACAGUGUGAAAUACCCCGCGCCCAUCUUGAGCGUUGGCCUUUCGCCUGAUGAUACCCAUCUUGCGGCUGGUAUGGCUAACGGGCUAUUAUCUAUUCGUCAAAGACAGAUCAAGGCAUCAGAAAAGGCACUCAAAAAGCAACAUCAAGAUUAUAUUAAAGGUGGAACGUACAAGUACUUCAUGCGUGGACAAUCUAAUGCACCUGCAAAUGAUGAUUUUGUGGUGGAAAGUACAAAGAGACAAAAGUUGAGAAAAUAUGACCAGUUUAUCAAAGCGUUCCAGUACGCUAAUGCACUAGAUGAAGUGCUGAAAACAAACUUCAAUUCACCACCUGUUGUAGCUGCCGUGUUGCAAGAAUUAAUUCACCGUGAUGGCCUUAAGGCAGCAAUUACAGGUCGUGAUGAUGUCUCACUGGAGCCACUUAUGCGUUUCUUGAUUAGAAAUAUACAUCAUCCUAGAUAUACUAAUUUAUUAGUGGAUGUAUCAGAAGCUGUUAUUGAUUGUUAUACUCGUGUCUUUGGACAAUCACCACUCAUUGAUGACCUUUUAUCUCGUUUGACAGUAAAAGUGAAGCAAGAGAUUCAAUUACAAAAAGACUUGAUUGAAACAAUGGCCGCUUUAGACAUGCUAUUUACUAAAUCUGGUUCUGCCACUAUUGUUAAAUAA